AAAUGACAUUAACUUAAAUAACGUCGCCUACUUUUUGUAUAAAAAUGUACCUUGACAUAUAACCUACGAUUAACAUUUAUCAACAAAAGACUAAUCUUUCCCUCAUCAUCCCACUAGCAACCUAUCGGCUUAUUCAAGAUUAUAAGCGUGGCAGCUUUUUGUUGUACCAAUUCUUUCUAAAAGGCUGUAUAAUAAAUCAUAAUCCUCUGCUGUGUCAUGGUUCAGUGUUCUGUGCUCGUGGUGCAUGACCGGUCUGUGAAGGACUCAAAGAGCUUGCAUGCUAACACGCUAAUGUUUUACACAGACAAAACCUCUGAGACAAUAUCUCUCUUUUCUAUCUCCUACGCCCAACUAUUGCGCGCUCGCACACUCAGACAUCAGGACUCCGGCCAACCGGUCCUUUUGUUUCCCUCUCAAGUCCAAAUUCAGGGUAUUUAAAACACACUGUAAACACACCGGUGCUCAUGGCAACUGUCGCCAUGACGGCAUGACAACAAGCCCUUGGCAGCUGGGGUAACUUAAUAUUUGCCUUGCGUUAGCAUAACAUUUUCAUUAUGUAAGGCCGAGGCAGCAGGGCAGCGCGCUCCCAUUGAAGUUUAGAGCAGUCAACGGUUGCUAUGUUGCUGUGUGUUGAGUUGCAACUGUGGCAACAAAACCAUGCUGAAGUACUUCCUUUAGAGAACAUCUGGUGAGAAAAAAAUGUCCCCGGGGCGUAGUGUGCUCUGAGAAAGAGAGAGAGAAAGAGAAUAAGAGAGAGAGAGAGAGAGAGAGAGAAAGAAAGACAGACAGACAGACUAAGUGAUAUGAAACAGAACAGAUGCAUAAUUCUCACCGCCAGGCUCAUAGCUGUGCCUCACAGCGUACACAUAAAGGACGUGUUUGAACUCUGUUGCUGUGUGUUGGAAUUCUGACUCAGUUUAAAGGGUAAUUUGGGGAUUGCAUGACUGAGGAGAGACUAAAGGUUGUAAAGCUGUAUGUCGUAUGGUGAGGCUGUGAUGGUGGAGCAGUGAGGAGAAAAUCCAAAAGAAAAACUUGAAAUAUAAAAAAUUGUGUUUAAGUACUUCAACACUGAAGACCAAACCAAUGUUGGCACCGGAACCGGAGACACUCAAUCCCUCAAAACCCAUCAAAUACGGAGAGCUCAUCAUCUUCGGUUACAAUGGCUCACUAUCAAACGGAGACCGGGGCAGAAGGAGAAGUCGUUUCGCUCUCAAUAAGAGACCCAAAGCUAACGGAGUCAAACCCAGCACAGUCCACACCGCAUGCAGUCCGCAGGCUGCCAAGGCCAUCAGUAACAAAGACCAGCACAGUGUGUCGUACACCUUAUCCAGGGCACAGACUGUAGUCGUGGAGUACACACACGACAACACCACAGACAUGUUUCAGAUCGGUCGGUCCACUGAAAGCCCCAUAGAUUUCGUGGUGAUGGACACUGUACCUGGUUGUCAUGGCAACAGCGACACACUGUCGUCCCAGAGCACCAUUUCGCGGUUCGCCUGUCGGAUCGUGUGCCAGAGAGUGCCGCCCUAUGCCGCACGCAUCUACGCCGCCGGCUUCGACUCGACCAAGAGCAUCUUCCUUGGGGAGAAAGCGGCGAAAUGGUGGUGUGCGGACAGCCAGAUGGACGGACUGACCACGAACGGUGUAUUAGUGAUGCGUCCACAACACGGCUUCACCUGCGAGUCCAACCCGGGCACCUGGAGAGAAAUCUCCGUCUGUGGAAAUGUCUUCACGGUCAGGGAGACGCGGUCGGGACAGAAACCGGGCAAAUUGGUUGAAAAUGAAUGCCAGGAGCUAGUCGAUGGCUCUUUGAUCGAUCUGUGUGGUGCGACCCUUCUGUGGCGGUCAGCGGAAGGCCUCUCUCGCACACCCACCGUCAAACACCUGGAGGCGCUUCGCAGGGAGCUGAACGCCGCUCGACCCCAGUGUCCUGUGGGCCUUCACACUCUGGCCUUCCCCAGCUUAGAUCGCUCCAUCAGGGGUUCGCCCCACGAGGACCAGUCCUGGGCGUAUCUUCACUGUGGACACGUGCAUGGUUACCACGCUUGGAGGGGCCGCCGCAGGGUCACGAAGGAGGGCUCCACCGAAGAAGAAGACGAUGAGUCUGAAACAAAAGAGGCAAUGGAGCCGGAAGUAUCGAGGGAGGGGGACAGAGAGUGUCCCCUCUGCCGCACACGGGGUUUGUACGUUCCGUUGAAGCUAGGCCGCGAGUCAGGGUUCUACCUGGACGAGGCUCCUCCAACACACGCUUUCAUUCCGUGCGGUCACGUGUGUUCGGAACGAACGGCCGCGUUUUGGAGUAAACUGCCAAUACCGCAUGGAGCGCACGGCCUUUACCCAGCAUGCCCGUUCUGCAUGAAAGCCGUCGCUCGGGACAGAAAGUAUGUACGACUUAUUUUUCAGGGACCGUCGGACUAAUUGUGUAUGUGCGUGUUCAAGACUCCACUGGACUUCUUCAGGCCGCUAAACUGCCAGCCCACAUAUUUAGCCCACAUCACUGUUUUUUCCCACAAGCCAUCUGUUCUCAGCACUGCCAACUGCCUUGUGCUCUCCGAUUGGACGAAGCGAAACAUUCGCUGUACAUUUAGUAGUCGACUGUUUAGUGUCUGAGGUUACGCUUUGAAAAAUAAAAAAUAAUACAUGGUUUACAAUUAUUUGUACUUCAUUUCUUGAUUCGUCAGGAAUCAGAGCUUAUGCACUUAAAUGCACUUGUUGUUCAGAUUUAUUGCUUUGGGUUUCAUUUUGUGUGCUGCAACAAUCUUAAUCUAACAGAUUUUCUCAAAAUACCAAAUAUUUUCAACAUUAAUGAUGGAUUUCAGUCUGCAGAAUAUGAUAUUAUAAAUAUAAAUUAUAUGGGUUGU